AUGGCAACGCCAACUCUCUCUGCCGAUUCCACGCCGUACUGUCCAGGCUGUGGCUACUCCUUACCUCUUGACCAUAGCCAAGUUCAACUGCUCGAGGCACAAGCCCGUAUCGAAGACCUCGAAAAUCAAGUCCGUCUACUCAACGAAAAGGCUACAGCCGCCGUUGAUCGAUGGGCCGACUAUGAAGAUGAAAUCUCUAUUCUAAGGGCUCAGCUCCCUUCUUCGACAACAGCCCAAAAGGUUCAAGCCCCAGUAACGCCUACGAAUGCUCGCAUGUCAUUUCUCCAGAGCGGCACCAGCCGGCUCUCCUCGUUCCUCUCCCCGCGCAAACCUCACGACCUUCCUCACAUCGAUACCAACCCCAACCCCUCUCGACCUCCCAACCGACGUUCCAUAAGUAGCCAGUCGCACCGCCCACAACAUCAAGUGCAAGCCCAAGCACCGCCGUCGCCCUCGGCGGAAGACCUCCUCGCGGCUCUGAACAGAGAACAGUCUCUUCGAAAGGAAGCUGAGGGCAAAGUGGCAGCUACGAGCCAGGAGGUGGAAGAGCUCAGCGCUGCUCUCUUCGAGGAAGCGAACAAGAUGGUCGCCGAAGAAAGACGGGCACGCGCUAAGCUGGAACAGCGGGUAGAUGAGCUGGAGCGACGAGACAUGGAGAAGCGAAGACGGUUGGAAAAGCUAGAAGGAGCCAUGUCUCGGAUUGAGCGGGUGAGGUUGAUGUUGGCCGAGGCUGAACAAGAUGUCGAAUCAAGCAAGCAAACAGUCAAAGAGAUCGAGGCACUGGAAAGGCAGCAAGAAGAAGAAGAGCGAAAGGAAAGGGAGUCAAAGGCGAAACUGUCAGAGCAUAACGACCGCGACUCAGUCUACAGUGUGGCUACCGAUGAGAAUCCAGAAAGACGAUCCAUCGAUAAACCGAACAAGCAAGAGAAAUCGGACGAUACACCAGGAAAAUAA